AUGACAGACGAGGCAACAGUCCUUGACAUUGAGGAAACGAUAUCUGAGACCAAAGAUUCUAGUAUAAAAAGUAAAACUGGAUGGUUUCAAAAUCUGAUAUUAUGGAUACAUUUAUUUUGGACAAAACUACGUGAUUUCGUAAGGUGUCUAAGACUGCGGGUUUGCAAUUGGUGCUCGUUCGCCUGUUUUGAGAAACUGAACAUUACAGGGUUUUUCACAGGCAAAGGAAGAGCCGAAAAUCUCACCUGUGAGCAAGACAUCAUCAACUUCCUCAACAAUAACCGCAGCAAAGUAACCGGAGACAAGAGCAAACCCAAGGAAAUUGAGCGAAUAGCUUAUGCACCUUGUGAAUUUUUUAUGGCUUCAAGACCACCUGGGUCCAGUCCUAAUUCCCAGGAAGACUCUGCCGAGUAUCUCAGAUUCCUUCUAAACAGAUUGCAAGAAGAGGAGAAAUCAACACAGAAUUCAACACCUCGGAGCACAGAACUGGGGAAGGAAGAAAAAACUGUGAUAGAAAGCAUGUUUGGGGGAAAGCUGAAAACAAACACUUGGUGUAAGACCUGCAAAAGCACCUCCCAGAAGAGAGAAGGUUUCACUGAUCUUCAUCUGGCUUUCUCUUCAUUUGUCAAACCAGCACCGGUAAUGGCAUGCUCUACCGAGGAAAAACAUUACGAUUCUGUUACAAUCAAUAUGACCCCAGCUGCAGAAUCACCCACUAGCAACAUCUCAUGUCAAAAAACUGGAGAGGAAAAGACACAGGAAACACCUACAGUAAAAGACCUUCUAACUAGUUUCCUGGCACCAGAGGUUCUCGAUGGAGAUAACAAGUAUCAGUGUCAAACAUGUUCUUCCCUCCAGACAGCAGAAAGGACUAAGAUGAUCGUGGAAGAGCCACAAUAUCUCAUUUUAACUUUACUGCGAUUUGCCUAUGAUACAAUCUGCAAUGUGAAGCGUAAGAUAUUGGAUCCUGUGUCCAUUCCACUCGUACUGGAUUUGCCUGUAAAGAGAUCAACAUCUCGGGCUGCAUCAGCAGAUCAGACACUGGAGAGUGAGAAUAGAAGACCUGAGGUAGAAGACCUGUCACAUAACCAACAACAAGUGCCCUAUGUUUUAAAUUCUGUUGUGGUCCAUUCUGGGUUAUCAUCUGACAGUGGUCAUUAUUAUUCUUAUGCGAGGGACAUAUCUGAUAAUUCAGGGUGUUCACAUUCUGAAAAACACUCUUCGACCCUCGGCUCUGUGAAUGGAAAUGAAGAAUGGUUUCUGUUUGAUGACAGCAGUGUUUCCAGGAAAACAACACACUUCAUAUUAAACAGACAGCCUUCCCUGGCAACACCAUAUAUACUGAUUUAUAAAAAAUCCAACUGUGGGGAGACGCAAAGUGUUUAG